AUGUGGUAUGUUUUGCUUGCCAUGCUGGUUGCAUUGCUCAGCUGUCCUACUCCUAGCUUUCCUUUUCUUUCUGCAGACAGUGGUAGGUCUACAGUUUCUUAGGCUUAAGGAUUUUUACCGAGCUGUCGCUAACUAUUUUUAAUCUUUCUUUACAGGUGAAAGACCUGUCGAGGUCAAAACGUCCACUUUCGUGCAAACUUUGCUUUCAGCAACGCUACUCGACAAGAUUUCCUUCUUGUUGAAAUAG